AUGCCUUUGUCUAAGCUGCGCGGAAUCAGGCUACCUGCCUCCGCCGACUUCCAUGUCCACCUGCGCGAUGGGCCGAUGAUGGAAUUGGUCACUCCUACCAUCCGUCAAGGUGGUGUGAAUACUGUCUUUGUUAUGCCGAACUUGGUACCCCCAAUCACAACCGUCGACCGCGCCCUCGAGUAUAAGAAGAGUUUACAGGCAAUUGAGCCCAAUGUAAACUACCUCAUGUCCCUAUACCUGCAUGAGACAAUCACACCCGAGACCAUAAUUGAGGCUAAGAAGCGUGGAAUCACGGGCGUCAAGAGUUACCCCGCCGGUGUGACCACCAACUCGAGCUCCGGCGUGAUCGACUAUGUGGGAUUCUACCCUGUGUUCGCUGAAAUGGAGCGCCAGGGUCUCAUUCUGAACCUGCACGGAGAAGUCCCUUCCAAGGGUGAUGUAACUGUGCUUUCAGCUGAAGAGCGCUUCCUGCCCACUCUCCUUGAUCUACACGCCAAGUUCCCCAAACUCCGUAUUAUCCUGGAGCACUGCACCACAGCUGCCGCCAUUGAGGCCGUCAAGAAGUGCGGACCCACAGUGGCUGGUACUAUCACCGCUCAUCAUCUGUCCAUUAUCGUGGACAACUGGGCUGGUGAUCCAUUCUGCUUCUGCAAGCCUGUCGCAAAGACACCUGCUGAUCGGGAUGCCCUUCUUCGGGCCGCUGCCUCUGGCAACCCCAAGUUCUUCUUCGGCUCAGACAGCGCACCACACCCUGCGGCCUCCAAGCGUGGCGGCGAGAAGAUUGCUGCUGGUGUUUUCACUCAGCCUUACACCACUCAAGUCGUCCUUGACUCCUUCGAGCAGGCCGUUGAGAAUGGAGUCCUCAAGGAUGAGGAUAUCACCCCGGAGAUCGUAGAGGGUUUCAUGAGCAAGUUUGGUCGCGCGUUCUAUGAAAUUGGCGAGGAACAGAAGGAGUUCAUCACCCUCGAUAAGAAGGGUGAGAAGAUCGUAGAGAUUCUGCAGUCGGAUAAGAUUGAUGUCGUCCCAUUCCGCAAGACCCAGGACACAUGGACCGUUUCCUGGUCUUCAUAG